UUGAAACGAAAUCAUCGAGCUCUGAUUUGUACAAAAUCAAUCAAAGGAAUCGUCCGUGUUUGAUAACAUCGUUCGAUUAAUUAAUUAACCCGUGUGUUUACAAGGGACGAUCGAAAAAUUUCCUAGAAUUAUUUGGUUAACCUUUGAAGUUUUACGAAAGAAACAAUGAGAUUUCGAUGUAGACGAAAGAUCAGCGAACGUAGAGGAUAUUUACAGAUUGGACAAUUAGCAUGCACCCUGUGCGAUCAUUACAUCAUGGGAAAUUCGAUUUACGUGACAUUGCUCGGCUUCAUUGGGACCGUGAUCACUGCGUUCGAUAUUGUUCGAAUAAUGAAUUGCAAAUCUACGAGUAGAUCUGUGUCUCAAACGAGGAGCAACGAAAGUGUCCCUUUAGAAGUGGAAAGGGACCUUAAACUGAUGACUUCGAUUCUAGGAAUCGAACAUUACACCUUUAUCAUGCUGGGUGCAAUUACAGAAUACCCUGUGUUGCACACGCCCUGGCUGUUGAUGCAACUAUGCGUGAUCAUCGUGGAAAUCAUCGUAUUCUGUGUGAAAGUGUUUAUAGACGGAUUGCAUAUGAAACGCGAUGAAAUAUUGCAGUCUAUUUUAACUGUGCACAAUUGGCUCCAAGUCUUUUGUUUAUUCUUUCGUCAAGCGCGACAUACUCGUUAAAAUCGAUACGAAAUUGACAUAAGUAUGCAAAUUCACGAAUAAUUAAAUUAUUGUAAUAAAAUUAAAACGAUAAAAAUCGUAUUGUAAUACUUGAAGUUGUAUACUAUAUCCUUGUUGUUUUUUGUUUAAAAUACAGUUUAUAACCGACAAAUAUUUCUAUCAUGAAUAAAUAAGUAAAUAAAGUUCGAUAAUAAUGGUGAAAUUAAAAAAGAAUCUCGAUUGGUCGAGAAUGAAAGACGAGAAAGAAUAUGAAAUGAAUAAUCGCAAGAAAAGUUUCUCCAAGGUAGAAGCACUUUAUUUGACUCUAAUGUGUUUUUCAACAUACUGUUUGAGUUCUAUUGCUUUGGAAACUGGAGGACGUUCUUCAGUUGGGAAUACAAUGACAAAAUCAGCUGCAUUUAAUGCACUUUUCAGGAGAACUUAUAAUUUAAAAAUUAUAAUUCACGUGAAAAAUGUAAUCAGCGGACUGAUAAGUACGGUAAUGAUGGUACUCGGUGAUAAAUAUGGUAUUCCUUAUCUCUAUUUACCGUGGUUAGUGAAUACCAUGAAAGGAAUGGCUUUAUAUGAAGGACCAACGCUUGUGAGCCUGGCUAAUGUGCUCCUACCCAACGUUACCGUCCCUACCGGGACUUUUAUCUUUACCACCUUCUUUUUAUACGCGGAAGAGCUUUUUAUUUGGAGCGACGUUUUCGCGAAAUUUCAACAUUGUUGGAAAGAUUAUCACUAUCAAAAGCAAAUUGCCAUGGAAAAAAUUAAAGAGAAAUUGUUUAUUGCACGUAACAAGAAAAUUCUCUACCAAGGAAACAGGAAUUAUAAAAGGAAUACCAUUGUUGAAAAGAUAAAAAUUGAACAAAAACCAGUGGAAAUUUGUAACAAAA